CGAUUUGCUUCAUUUCAUUCACCGUCAGAUCAUUCACAUACCCGCAGAAUCAGUGAAUAGAGCGCGCGAGUGUGUUUACGGCGGGGUUGUGAUGUUUAAAUUCCGUGUUGCUGUAAAUCGCGAAAUGGUGGCAGUGGAUCUGACACAGACCCAAAGAAAGAUGAUAGUGGACAGAAUGAUGGUUGUGUAUCCAAAUGAUGGUGUUGUUUCUUUUACUUUAUACAUGACGAUUGAUGCUGUCUGUUGAAGCAUCUUUAUUUGCGUAAAGCGCAGUGUUUGAGUCUCUCGCGUUGAGCAUCAUCCGCAGGAGGAGAAAGAGGAUCAAACCUGCUCAUCCUUCACAGAGGUCCUACUAAACCCUCUGCCAGGUCAUGUCAUUAAAGAUGGAGAUGGAUGUCAGUGGAGUGUCCAGGACACCCGUAUCCAUUCUACCUGCUGCUGACGUCAAAACCACCUUAAAACCUGAGGCCGACAAGCCCCGCUGCUCCAGCACUCCCUGCUCCCCCAUUAAAAGUACUGUCUCAGGAUACCAAAUCCUUCACAUCAAUUCAAAUUAUAUGGUGGGUUUCACUACUGGUGAGGAGCUUCUUAAAUUAGCCAACAAGUGGUCCAGUCCAGAGAAAAGCCACACAGAGGACUCGUCCAGCCCCGUGAAAAAGCCUGUGGAUUUAGGUCUCCACAGGACCUCUCGGAUUUACAAAACCAAAAGCCGCUACUACCAACCGUAUGACAUCCCAGCAAUCAACGGGCGCAGGAGACGACGCAUGCCGAGUUCGGGUGAAAGUUGCUUGAAAUCCAUGGUGGCAGGGGAGUCCAGCAAUGCUUUACGUGGUCCCCUUCCAGUCUGCCUUUUGAAGAGCAAGCGGAUGCAUUCAAAGUCUCUGGACUACCUCAACCUGGACAAGAUGAGUCUCAGGGAGCCAGCGGACACGGAGGUGCUGCAGUACCAGCUUCAGCAUCUCACCCUGAGGGGCGAGCGCAUGUUCACUCGCAAUAAGACAUGAACGAUUGGAUUGUUCCUUCAAAACACUUGGCGGGAAGGCCUGCAGUCCGGCUAUGAAUUUAGGGCCUUAAUUAUCCAGUUUGAUUAGAGACAGACUCCAUAGAACAUAGAUCAUUCAUUUUGUUUGUUAAUCCAAAAAACACUCUUAUGCCCAACACAACAGCACACAGAUUUGAAACAGAAUGCAGGUGGCAGUGUUUUUUUAACCCGUGAACAAAAAGCUAGGGGGUACAUUGAGUGUCGUGAUGAAGUUUUUCUGAGACUAGCAAUAAGUAGUGUGGAGGAUUGCUGCUGUUUGUGUCUGCCUGCGGGUGCAGAGAACUAAAAUCUUUGGAUAUUUUCUGUAAAACAUGGAAAUACUGCAAACAUGUCUACGUUUGGUCAUACAAUUCAAAACAAUUUCAAUCCUCACCAUCAGCACAGACUUCAUAGCAGUUAUUCUGCUGAUAUUAGUUAUGUGGAUUAUCCUCUCAGCACCUUUAUACUUGUCGAGGUAGGCAAGUUAACUGUCAGAUGAGGAUCUUUAUUUACCUAAAACACAGACUGUUACAGAGUCUUGAUGUUUUUUAUUAAACACACUCUGAUUGGAUUUGUUCAGGACUCGUCGGCACUAACAUUGUCUUUACUUAAUACUCUACAGUAGAGAAUCAUUUUAAGUCAAGGUUUGUACACUGAAUAAUAUACAUUUUGUGGAAAAAUACUUUUUCAUUUAUAUAUUUAUUGUUUUACAUGGUUUCUGUUUUGUUUUAUAUAUUUGUAUAUUGUGUUCAGUAUAUAACUACCCACCCAUGGUGCAUAUAGUAGGUAAGAUUGCUAUAAAAUCCAAAGUCUUUUUGUGUCCUGGGGGAAACUUGAUAGAUAAUGUAAUAUUUGAACAGCAGACAAUCAUUUACAGCUUUGUUUUAUGUGAUUUUCAUCAUGUUUUUAAUUUUAUCUCUUCAUCAUCAUGGACGUUUAAUUCCAAACAUUACAAUAAUACUGUCUGGAUCCAGAUUACUUUCUUUCUUAAGACUUUUAUAAGUAUGGCAGAUCUGUUUUAUUUACUUUUAAGGAUUCUUUUCAGAUUCCUCUCAGAUUGACCCAAAAUGCUAUGUUUUUUAUGUAAUACUACCAUUACGUUUUAUUUCUGUUUUGUUUGCUACCUUUAAAGUUUGAUUUAGAAUUUUCUAAAAAGCACCGUGGUUUAAUGAUGUUCACUCUAUGUAUAUCUGUAAUCAUAACAAUUUCAGUUCUAACAAUAUGUUUUACCUUUUAAUGUGUUAUUAAGCCGAAUUAACUUUAUUGUAUUAGAUUGUCUAAAUGUUUUUGCUGAUGUCAUGGUUUUGAUUUUAAUGAGAUUUGCUAUGAAUCUGUUGAACUACUGUUAAAUGUGAUAUUACACUUCUGAAACACUAUUUAUCAUUAAUCCUCACAGCAUUAAAUAUUCACUGUUUUAACAUGA